GUAUAGCAAACUGAGGCAACAUGUUGUUACCCUGGAUUAUAGUAUUUUCAUCGUGUGUAUCUCUAGUAUUUAGUUAUAACAAUAGGAUGUUUACGUUGCUCAGUGUCGAAAAUGUUACCGAUUCUCAAUGUGGUGUUUAUAACCCAUCUUUACAGCAAUUGAAAAGGUAUACGGUUACUAAGUCAGCUGAAGACCAAACUGUUUUAUACACCUUUUUCACAAUCAGCGUUACUAUUCCACAAACUACAGAUCCUUUAAUAGGAUUUGAAAAGAUUUUCAACAAAGUUUUAUACGGACACAAAUCUGAAUUUGUAGAGCCGGACAAAAAUGCUGAAAAUACUAACCUUAAUGAAACUGUCGAUAAUUUGGCGCACUGGCCCUCGGGACAAAUUAUGAGAUCAGAAACAUUUCAAGGCAAGAGUGGUGUUCACAUGCCCUUCCUGGAGUACUUGCACAAGGGUCACUGUCGUCUGAAGGUCACCAAGGAUUUCAUGCAGACGGCUGUGAAUGCCUUCGCCAUAUUUGUGUCUGGAGACAUCAUGGACAUUAAAAAUUUGCCCGCAUCUUACGUCCUAAACUCGGCUCGCACAAUAGCCAUGAUGAAGGUGGAACGUGAGAAGUUGGCAGCCACGUGGCACGUAGUGAAAGGGUCCACGCCGACCCAGAACAUCUCUUACGAAGUCCUGGAGAAGUUCCGGCCACUCUUCAAGCAUGUCAACGCCAGGGAGAUUGCCAGGCUCAAUCUCUCCGAUGACAGGAUACUGUCGUAUAUCGGCACGCAUCCUGAUCUUAAUAGACAUCAGGUCGGUGUGGUGGCCAGUAGAUACUUACAAUUAAAUCCUAGAUGGACAGAACCCAGGUACCUGAACCUCAUGAACAACUUGUUGUGUGGAGUACCCAUGACCUUCAUGAGGAGGAUCCCAGAGAACACAUACUUGCAGCUGACGCACCAGUUAUUUUACCACAUACGGGCGUGCGACCCAUUGCAGCGCAGGUUCUACUUGACAAUGAUGAUGAGGACUCAGGCGCUCGGUAAAUCAUAUAGCUGGAGUGCGCGCGAAGUGUCCCGCCUCGGAUUGUUGCUGGCUGAAGUCAGUGGCUCGGACUUAAGUGCCAUCAACCCCGAGGCUAUGUCUGGCAUCACGUCACAGGUAAUGCUGGAAAUGCCGAUACAUAGCCUGUUGUCGAUCACAGAGAUGCAGCUUCGUUACCUCGACCCCAAGACUAUCAACAUCUUGGCGCGCAAGCUGAUCUCUUAUCAGGAACAUCUUGAAAGCUCCAGCUACAAAGGCCAUCCCAUACGGCCUUCACGAAAUUCAAUAAUAUUAGUUUUCUGUGUUACAUAUCAAUUUUGGUUCUUAUAGUAAACAUUUAAUUUACAAUCUUGAUGAAUUGCUAUUGUUGGUGAGCUAAAAGUGCCUGUAGUAAUGAAAAAGCAAAUCAUUAUGCCUCUAGAUAAUAUUGUACUUGUGCAGGAACUACAGCUUGCCUG